AUGUAUCUUCAAGGCCACACCUUUUUAAACCUUUCCAUUGGAGCAAGCAAAUCUUGCGAAACGGAAUGUCUUUACCGGAGAGAGUGCGUGGCAAUCAACAUUGGUCCAGCAAUUAAUGAUAUGAGGGUCUGUGAGUUGUGUAACUCAGAUCACAUACAGCAUCCAAAUGAUUUAAAACCAAGAGCAGGUUGGACGUAUAAAGGUACACAGGUAGGGCGAAUUUCACUGGAAUAAAUUAAUCACGGCAAUGGUUGUGAAUUAUCUUGUGGUAAGCGUUUAACUGUUCAUAGCCCAAAAAGUGAAGUUUUAGCUAUGGAAGUGAUGAUGACAAUGACGAUCAAAAGAUAGUGAUGACGACCCUUGGGUGUCAGAGACUUUUCAUAUGCGGCUUCCUGUUUCGGUUAACUGUUAUAGUGACCGCUCGUGUCUUGGGUUCUCUCCCGAAGACUGCACUUGCCCGUCUUCCCUCCAGACAGGGGGAACCAACCAAAACGGGCUUUUACAAAGUCUAGCCAAAGAUCUGUCGAGCGGCGAUGAAGAAGACAUAAAAUAAUGAUGAGAAUGGUAAUAGGGAGCAUUGACUACUUGCAGUCUCUAAGGAUUGUCGCGCGUACGAGAAUGUUACGUGUGAGCGAGCGUGCGAGGCCAACACGCAAGGAGGAAGACGGAAAAGGACAAGCCUCUCUCCAGUUCCCUUCUCGAGGGUCUGAAUGGGGGGGUACCUAGAUAAAAUUAAACACUUCAUUUUUUGGCUUUGUAACAUGAAAUGGUUAAAUUUUAGGCAUUUUAACACUAACAAUAAAGAUUCUUUGAAACUAAUUUUUUCCCAGAUAGAAGCAAAAACGGCUCCAAAAGGCCAAUAUUAUUUUUUAGGAUAUCAAGGAGUUUUUGGCCAUUUCACGACAAUUCCUGAUUAUUUCAGAAGAUUUCCGAAGACUAACGAAGAGGUCCGAUCAUUGCCGAAGAUGUCCGAUGAACCCUCCAAACACUUGACAGUAUUUCUUCGGAAACAGUAAACAUUAAAAAAUUGGCUAAUUUAACAGCAAACACUCAAAAUUAUGGGCAAAUAACACCAAACAUUAAACCCCAUUCAGACCCUCCUUUUCGAUUGAUUCGCUCUCUCGAGCUCUGCCAAGUCUCGAUUUGACAGACUGAAAAGGGAACUGCUCGAAGUCUACAAUAUAAUAUUAAAAUUUAAUGAAAUCUAAAUUACGCUUUCAUUUUCACUAGAAUAUUUGUGCCUACAAACCUUGCUUGAACAAUGCAAAGUGUUUCCUUGGAUAUACGGAUAAGGGGUUUCUUUGCGAAUGCCAGUCUGGUUACACGGGAGAACUCUGCGAAACAGGUAAUUAU